CCGCACUCGCACUUCGCUCGUUGGCCGCAUGACGGCGGCACCGCGACGCUGCAUGAGCUGCAUCGCGCAACGCGUCGUGACGCGUGACGUAUCGCAUUAUGCACUGUGCACCACAUAAAUGUACACACGCAUGUCGCGUAUGUGAUCGUCCCUACGAUAGGGUUUGAAUUUCGCUUGCGAGAGAGUACCGCGUGCCGCGCUGAAACUCGCCAACGGACCACGACGUCGACGACCGAUCAUCGUCAGAGGUGUGCCGUGUAUCACACAGUUUCCGAUGCGUGCGACACGCGUGUUCUGAGGACGUCCGCGUCGUCUGACAACGCGCGAGGGUUCGUGUCGUGACUUCAUGCCCAGGUGACCACCGCGCGGACACGACUUUCUCCAGACCUGGUUGCGGUGGCGCGCGAUCACCCGGCUCCGGGAAAUAAACAGGUGCGACUCGCCACGUCGACUCCCCAUCCUUGUCGCCGACGACGUCGUGAGAGGAGGUCUCCGUCGUCACGCAGUUAAGCUUUUAGAGACAAAAUGGGUAGCAGUGGCCAACUCUACAGUCUGUCCUGGGGAGAGUUCAGUUCUUCUCUGGCCUCUGCAGUGCAGCUGUUGAGGGGAGAUGGUGAUUUGGUGGAUGUUACUUUAGCUGCCGGCGGACGCAGCUUUCCUGCACACAAAAUUGUUCUUUGUGCAGCUAGCCCGUUCCUGUUGGAUUUGUUAAAGAGCACACCAUGCCAACAUCCAGUGGUUAUGCUAGCAGGAAUCGGAGCAGAUGACUUAGAGUCUUUGCUGGAAUUCGUAUAUCGAGGAGAAGUGAGCGUCGAGCCGGCACAAUUGCCUUCCUUGCUUCAGGCUGCCCAUUGUCUGAGCAUUCACGGAUUGACGUCGUCAACUAAUAUACUAACGGAGAGUGGAGAAAAAGUUCCUGAGUCUGCGAUACCAACAGUGACAAACGAUGGAGUGUCGAGGACAACAGUCAACUCGCAUCCAUUGAAACGAAGAAAAAAGAGGAGGAAGUCAUCGUCAUCCUCUGGAAAGUGGCAGUGUACUAGAAAUACUGCUGACAGCGAAAGCAGGCCUUUGGACGACAACAACAGAACAAUGCCUUACGAAAACAAGGAUGACGAAGCAAUGGAUCAAACUGAUGAUGCAGCGGGUAACUGCCUGGUCGGAAACUACGCGAACAACCAUCAGGGUGGCAGUCAUUCACCGCGACUUCAAGAAUCAUCUGUCGCGGACAAUCAUCAGGCGGCGCAUCACGAUCAUGUUGCGGACGAAGAAUCGCACUUGCAUACGAUGAUGCCAUUGCAAUUGCACAUACCGCAGUUCCACGGUUCCCUCAACAUGGGCUUUCCUGGUAUGGCAUUAUCCGGCUUGGCGGCUACGGCAGCAUCGGCCAGUAAGGCGCGUGGUGCCUCCGACUGCCCGGGCGUUUGUCCACUUUGCGGCGCAACCUUACGUCAGGCGAGGAAUCUCCGUAGGCAUCUAUUGUCUUCGUGUAAAUUUCGGUUUAACUCGGCGACGAAUGCGAUAACGACGACGCAGAAUUCCGAUGCGACAACAGUGGAGAUUAAGCCUGAGAUUGAAGGUUACAACGAUCAAUCGUCGAUGACGUAUGGGACUGACGGUAGUAACGACUGCGAACAGAUAGUCUGCAAUCCCACCUUACCUUCACCAACGUCGCACGAGCCUGAAAGCGCAAUAUCGUCGCCGAGGAGCAUCCCGUCGCCGACGAUCGCCAGAUAAAUGUACAGAGAACGGACUCACCGAGGGUAUUGAGAGAUGAACGUGUUGUUCGUUUUAUAGUUAAUUUUUUUGCGGAUUUCGUUCGGUUGUCAGUUGUGUUACAGUGAUGCGUCACUCAAGAUCGUGAUGAGUGGGUGCGACAGUAAAGACAGAGGAGAGAUAAGAUAUUUUGCAUUGUAUAGUUACAUAUAUAUUAACAAAAACGAACGGUUAUUUGUAAUUAUUGACGUACACGUUAUUUAACUAGGUCAAAAAUUCGGAGUAUAUUUGCGCGUUUAGUUUUAUACGAGAAUCUUCCACCUUAGUAUAUAAGAUAGUAUUGUAGGAUUACAAGAUUAAAGAUUUAAGCAUGAUGAAUGAAAAAAAUCUAUCAUGAAAAUUAUCAUUAUUCUUUUACCAUUGGGGCUUACAUGAUAAUUGGGGUUUCGUGCGAUAGUGCAAUUAAACUUCGUCCACUGCAGUUCGUUUUUACUGCCCCUUUAAUUCCUCCUCUUACCAUAGAAUGGUCUAAUAAUAGUACGUUUCUAAGAGUGCUGCGCUUGUUUAGCGCUGAGAUACUGCCGUGUCUCCAGAUACGGGCUACGUUUACGAAUACCAUUUUCUAAUGAAAUCUUGCAACAGCCACAAAGUGAAAAUUAAUCGGCGCACAUUCCUAUUUUGUAAUGGCAAGUUCUGCUGCGUAUGUGGACUGUUGACAAUAGAACAUACACAAAACCACUAAUACUUUAAUUGAGAAAGAAAUAAAAUAACGGAUAUAACAAUGUACUAUCCAAUUUUUCUUUUUCAAUAAAGCGCAAAUAAAAAAUA